AUGGCCCUUAUGUUUCCCAACACCACUCAGUCGACGCCGUUGCUUCUACCUCCUCCUCCUCCGCCGCCGUCGUCUCUACCACCUUUGCUUUUCUCAGAUUUUCAGUUACCGCCGCCCUCUCUACCACCUUUGCCUGCCUCAGAUAUUCAAUAUGGUAGUACUAAUAAUGGCGAUGGGCACAUCUGGAAUAAUCAAAGUGGGACUGGUAAUUUGUUGUGUUCAUCAAUGAUGAAUGAAUGCACACCCUCAUCUACAUCCUCAUCUUCAUCUUCAUUGCUACCUCCUACUAAUCAAAAUCUGCAGAUAAUGGAUUCCUCGACGGAUAUGUUUACAGCCAAUGGAGAUGAAGAUGUGGAUUGGACUCAACUUGACAAUCUAGAAUUGCCAGAGAAUUGGAUUCAAGAUACAAUUACAUGUUCUGAACUUGAGAAUUUUCUAAAGAAUUUGGAUUAUUAG